AUGUCCCACGCAAUGUCUAUCCAUAGUAUGGACGGUAGCAUCAAAUGGGAUCUUAUAUCCUCGGUGGCACUCACAACGACAACGAGGAUGAGAAAUGGAUACCGUUACAUUCAGGGACAUUUCAAGGCUCUUCCAGCGAAGGAUACAUCCAGGUUGUUCUCUUGCCUUCCACAUUCCCUCCUUUGCUGCCUCCAAGCUAAUACAAAUGUUUACUCUCAACUCAAGAAACUCUUUGCUUUAAUCGCUAAGGGCAGACGACGUUCCUCUGCACCCUCACCUUCCCCCACAGACUCCAGGAUGUUAUACAACAAACUCUUAAGCUCCUCCCGCCUCGUCUACCGCGCCCUCGAAGAUACCAAGGACGACAUUCUCAAACACCCACCCAGCUACGCUCAGUACCACGAUGAGAUGAUGCAAACCCCUGCCUCAGAGUGCUUCAAAAUUACCACCGAGUGGACCAAAGAGCUCUUAUCCGUCUCCAUAUGCCUUCCAUCCGAGUGUGAAAUUCCUGCGCACUCUGCAAAUCCUGUGCGGAUUGGCUAUCUUCGUCUCUCUGCACAUUACAGCUCACGUCAUAAUCGAUCUGGCACUCUGGCCAUCACCAUAUCUGAGCCGUAUCAAGGGAAAGGCUAUGGUACAGAGGCUAUAGAUUGGGCGUUGGAUUGGGCGUUCAAGAUCGAGGGCAUACCGGUAGUGUAG